AAAAAAGUUGGGUUAUGUUAAAUUUCCAUGCAUGAGCAUAUUCUUCUUUUUUUUUUCUAAAUGCCUACAAACGUCAAAAGAGUCAAAAAAUAGGUUAUGUCAUGUGGUUUGUUUACCUUUUCUUAGGAGAAAAAAACAUUGACGUCAACAAAAAUGGACAUAAGCUCGUUUUCAAACGACAAUUUCGACCUGAAAGAAUGGGUAAAUCAAACCCUAAAAUCCGGAGAAACGCAAACCCAAGACAAAAAAGAUAGCAACUACACAAUGGGUUUGGUAAUGAAACUCCAACUCUACGUGCAGCAAGUGAAUAAUUCAUUGGAAAACAGCAGCCAACAAGUUUUGUCUUCGUUACCAAAGAUUAUGCGAGAUACCAAAGUUUUGCAAGAAGAAGCUUUGGUUCUGAAGAAAAAAAUGGGCCAAGUCAAACAGGAAAUAGUGCAAAUCGAGCAGGACACUCGUAAUAGCAUAAACACAAUAGAAAAACUAGAUAAAAUGAAAAACAAAUUGAGUAUUGCCAAGCAAGGUUUACACGAAAGUGACAAUUGGACUAUAUUAGUUAAUGACUUAGAAGAAAUAUUCGAUUCAAAAAAUAUUGAAGCGAUUUCGAAUAAAAUCCUUGGAAUGCAAAGUUCCUUGAAACUCUUAGUUAAUGUCUCUGACUACGAAGACAGAAAAUUGCAGCUUGAAGGCUUAAAAAACCGACUAGAAGCAAUUGCUAGUCCAAUAAUCGUACAAGCCUUCACGUCAAGUGAUGCUGAGCAAUCAAUUAAAUUUGUCCGCAUUUUUUCUUCAAUUGGCAGAAUACCUCAACUAAUAAAAUACUACCGCAAUUGCCAAAGAGAUGUUUUAGUCAAAAAAUGGCGCAACCAACUUGAAAUUGAACAAGAUGAAUCCGUUAUUCAGUGGAUUUACAAUUAUUACGACAUUCUUUUAUCUAAUUGGCACUCGCAAACCAAAUGGUUUAAUCAAGUUUUUGCAGGAGAAUCUUCUAUUGAUUCCCUCAUAAGCAUUUAUGUUGACGUACUUAACUCCUUGGACCCUUCUUUAAAUGAAUGCAUUGAUGCUGCCCUUAAACAAGUGCCAGACAAAUUAACAUUUUUAACUGAAGUCAAACAAGUCUCAAAACAAUUUGCUGACAAUAUUUACAAUAUUAUUGAGCACAAUCCAAAAAGCCAUACACUUAUACAAGCAAUUUAUAAUCACUUAAAAGUAUAUGUUGGCAAAUAUGCUGCAUACGAGCAAGCACAUUUAAUAAAACAAUUGAACAGCUUAAGCUGUAUGAAAGAUGAAUUGCCUGACACAAUACAAGCAUUGGAUUUGAGCAUAAAUCAAGUUGUUGAUUAUGCAGUUGAAGCUAAAAAAAGAUGCCAACAAUUUACAGAAAAUUGUGGAUUUUGUGGCUUGCUGAUAGCUUUGAGGGCAUACUUUUCAAACUAUGCUGGCUAUUAUAGGGUGGCUCUAAGGCAAAUAGAUCGUUCAAAAAGGCUUAAAGACGACUGGAACACUUUUCAGUUGUGUUUUUAUUUGUUGCAACAUAGCGGGGAUGCUUGGCUCAAAAUACAGCAACUUGAGAAAGAGCUGAUGACAGCUGUUUUGGAACUUAACAAGAAAAAUUCACAAAUUGAAUUCAAAAAUGUUUUAUUGGAGGUGGAAGAUUUAAAAGAAUACGAAUCUUUGGUCAAGUGUGUUACUGAAGGCACAGAAUUGUCGUUGUUGGAUAGCGUUACAAAGGAGUUUAAUAAACUUUGUAUGGAUAUUCAUCACACAACCUAUCAAGUUGUUUUUGGGCCAAUUUCUGCGCAUUUGGAUAUAGUUUCGGUUGCUGAAACUUGGACGCAGUUUGAUGGGUCUAGUUUACAUAAUUCCGAUUUGCCUGAUUAUAGUUUUUCGCCCCAGGAAUAUAUCACACAGAUUGGCCAAUACCUAAUGGAACUACCCCAACAUUUAGAACCGUUUUUAUUCAAAGAAAAUCCCUCAUUAUCUUGCGCACUUAAAUCCAUAGACCAAGAAUACGCAGACGCACCAGAUACUGAAGGAGCUUUAGCCCAAAUAUUUUUGCAAAUUGUCGCUAGGGGCACUUGCAAUGGAUUUUGUGAUAAAAUCAUGUCUAUACCCAAGCUUAGCCAAGCUGCCAGAAGACAACUAGUUCAUGAUAUAAGUUAUUUGAAUAACGUCCUGCAAGAUUUAGGCAUAACCAUGGCUGACAAUCUUCAACAAGUGUCAUUGCUAUUGAAUAUACCCACAGACCAAUAUCAAGUGCAAAGUAUAGGAUAUUUGCCUAAACUUGUUGCCUCAAUAAGGCAAAUUAGAAGUAUAACUUCAAACUAGAAUAUUUAUUCAUAUGUUAUAUAAGUAAAUUAUAAAAAUACGAUUAAACUUAAAUCUAUUCUGGUGCCCACAAUUUAAAAGUCCUAUCAUACGAACUAGUAGCAAUAAAAUUACUGUCUGGUGAAAUGUCACAGGACAUAAUUUUACCGUCAUGUCCUGAAAGUGUUUUUAACGGCUGCCACGUUUUGUUAGACCAAACUUUUACUGUAUUGUCAUAUGAAGCAGUCACCAAAAAGUUACCAUCAUCUCUUUGAAACUUUACAUCAGAAAUCAGAUUAUUAUGUGCAGGAAUUGUAUAGAGAGAAGCGCGCUUCCUUAAGUCCCAAAUUUUACAAGUAUUGUCCUCACUUGCUGUGGCCAAAUAAUAACCGUUUGGAGAAAAAUCAAUACCUAAAUGCCACAAAAAUAAUUAUUGAAGCUAGUUUUUAUUUAAAGACCAAUUAUUCUUACCGUAUAUUGACUUCAAGUGACCUUCCAUAAACAUAAUACACCUUCCAGUCCUCAAAUCCCAAACUCUCCCAAAUGAGUCCAAACCCCCUGAAGCACAUACUGAACCAUCAAUUUGGAAUGAUAUACAAUAAACUGGUUUAACGUGUCCUUCCUGAUGCAACACUUCAGUACAUUGUUCCAAGUCCCAUAAUCUCCAAGAAUUAUCAAAA